UAAUCUGUUUGUGACCAUCAUGAUCUCAGCCAUCAAUAAUUGUUUUGAGGCGUCGUCAUAGAGUUAUCAAUCACGCUAUAUUUCUUUCGUUUUGAUUAGAAACCCGAAUGAUAAUAGCUCAAUCGUUUUAUUUCAAUUCAAAUUUUUUCAUAAUAAACAAAAUCUUCGAAUAUCAUGAACUACGAAAAGAAAUGUUUUGCUCUCCAUCGCCGAUUCAAUGAUGAUGGUUAUGCAACACGAACUACUAUCGAACAGAUGCGCGUUGAAAAAUCUAUUGAACAUCGUUAUGAUGUCUAUUUUGAAAAUGAUAGUGAUGAUGAUGAAUCCGUUCUCAAAAUAAUUUUAUUUCGAGCUGAACAUAUUGAAUAUCUCAAAAAUGGCCUAUUCAAACCUUUGGAUCAUCAUUUUUACGUAUUGGAUACUUCACGUUCGUGGAUGGUCUAUUGGAUUAGUUUGUCAUUGAAUUUGUUAGGCGAAUCUGAUUAUCUAAAAGAGAAAAGUCUUCAAAUUAUUAGCUUCCUACGGAAUUGUGAAUCACCACAUGGUGGAUAUGGUGGUGGCCCAAACCAAGAGCCACAUCUGGCCGCAACAUAUGCAGCUGUGAAUGCCAUAGUAACCAUUGGUAAUGAUAUUGCCUUUAAUUCAUUGAAUCGUGUUGCAAUCGAAAAAUUUCUCCGUCGUAUGCAACAACCAAAUGGUUCAUUUACCUUACAUGAAUCCGGUGAAGUUGAUAUCAGGGGAGCUUAUUGCGCUUUGUCCGUUGCCAAGCUGUUACACAUUCCAACUUAUCCAGAAUCCGAUCUUUUUCACGGUACAGCGGAUUGGAUCCUUUCAUGUCAAACAUAUGAAGGUGGAUUUGGUGCUGCUCCGGGUCAUGAAGCUCAUGGUGGUUAUACGUUUUGUGGUGUAGCAGCGUUAGCUUUGCUCGAUCAACUCGAUCGUUGCGAUUUUGAUGCUUUGAUGCAUUGGACAGCCAAUCGACAGCUUUCAUUCGAAGGUGGAUUCAGUGGACGUACAAAUAAAUUGGUUGAUGGCUGUUAUUCUUUCUGGAAUGGUGCUGUUUUACCGAUUUUGCAGAGUUGGAGGGUAGGCAAAAAUCAAAUGGUCUCGUUAGAUCGUUGGCUAUUUGAUCAGGAAGCAUUACAAGAAUAUGUGUUGAUUUGUUGUCAAAAUCAUCCCGGCGGUGGUCUAGUUGAUAAACCUGGAAAAAAUCGUGAUUUCUAUCAUACCUGCUAUACUUUAUCUGGUUUAUCCAUAGCUCAAAAUUCUUUCAAUAGUCGAAUCGUUAUCGGUGUAUCCGAUAAUUUAGUGGAACCGAUACAUCCGGUAUUCAAUAUACCUUGCCAAUCAUUAGAAGCAUUACGUGAAUAUCUCAAACGAAAGGACAAUCAAGAAGAAUUGAAAUAAACAUUUAUUAUCUGAUUGAUCAAAUGUAAAAA